UGUGCGAGGAAGGGAGCAUCGUGUCCAUGGAGACCCAGCAGGAGCCGACCAAAGCGGGUGCGGUGGCGGCGCCGCCGGGGGUUGCCGGCGAACCGGCCGUCGGAGGCAGAGUUCUUGACAAUGGGCCUCCAGCGCCAGCAACACCAACAACACCUCCGGGUUCAGCAACCGACAGAGAUGCGGUGCUGGCCAAGGUGGAGAUGAAUCGGAAGCUGUCAAUGGUGAAGGCGUGGGAGGAGAACCAGAAGAGCAAGGCCGACAACAGGGCUGAGCACAAGAUGUCGUCCAUCCUAUCAUGGGAGAACACCAAGAAGGCGGCGGUCCAAGCCAAGCUCCGAACACGGGAGGAGAAGCUAGAGAAGAAGAAGGCGGAGUACGCUGAGAAGAUGCGGAACCGUAUCGCGAUGAUCCACAAGGAGGCGGAGGAGCAGCGGGCCGCCGUGGAGGCCAGACGGCAGGAGGAGAUGAUCAAGUGCGAGGAGACGGCGGCCAAGCACCGCUCACAAGGGACCACGCCCAAGAAGAAAUUCCUCACCUGUUUCGGCUGAGCAACCACUGAAUAUAAUCAUAUUGAUAGAAAGUUGUGGACUAGCUUAGCUACAAGAUGUCAUCUCUCCCCUGCUCUUGCUUUGUUGGCUUGGAUCGUGCACUGAUGUGUUAUACUCCCUCCGUCCCAAAAUAAAUGUCUUAAGCUUAAGCUUAGUACAACUUUGUACUAGAGUUAGUACAAAAUUUGAGACACUUAUUUUAGGACGGAGGGAGUAACUUAUUUUUUAAGACGGAGGGAGUAUCUGGGAACUGUACCACUAGCUUUUUUUUAGAGUGAAUGUGUGAUGCACAUACAUAAUGUCGUGCCGCUUGUUCUGUUUCGGUUUGUGAGGUGUGAUGUAAGGUGUGUAAUUAAACGGUACUCAUAUUUGGGAAAUGCCAAGAAAUGUU